UUGAACAUUGCUAUUUGAUUGUUAGACUAAUUUUAUAAUGGUACUAGAGGUUUUAUUAUUAGACUAAAUAUUCCUGGAACUAUUUUCUUGCACAGGGUCCAAUUCACAUAUAAGAGUCCAGACACACUUUCUUAAACCCUUAAAAAAAGUGAAUACAUGCAAACUACCUUUAGAAAUUAGCCCUGGCCUGAACUAACCUCUGGACUAUGUCCAGGAGCUGUUCAGGACAUUACUUGUAAAUCCUGGCUGAACUAGUGCUGGGAACAGUUGUUCCUGGACACGUUCCAGUGCUGGGGAGCCUUCCAGUGCUGUACUUUCUCCAGCUUAUACCAUAGCAGAACACAAACAGCUCUUGGCACAUCUAUUGCCUUUGACACAGUUAAUGAUUACCCUUUGGCCAAAGACUCACCUGGGAAGCUUUUUGCAGUUAGUCAGGACAAAAAAAGUAAAGUUCUAAAAGAGGCUGAAUUCAUGCUGGACACACUUGUAAACCAUCUUUGUAUUUUUCCCAGUAUGCAGGAGUGGUCAGAGUGUAAAUACUCACAAUAACUUGCUAAAAGAGCAAUGGGAUUGUAACAGACUGCACUGGUUUAUAGAACCUUGCACAGCAACUCUCCUCCUGGGCAAAAUUGCCAGGGAGGCAUAGUUUGGCUCCAGUCCACCAAAACUCAGCCAUAAGCUAUGAACAGCCAUUCAGUGGCUCAAGCUGAGGAAGGGAAGUGUGAAGUAUAAUAAAGACAGCAUCAAGACGCUCAAGAGAUGGCAUGGGGGUCAAGUUAAGAAGAACCAAAACAAACUGCUCAAUUUUUUUUCUGCUUUCUCCUGGAAAGGAAUAUCUGAUUCAAGAAAGGUGUUACAGACAGAACUCUGAUGAAGUAGUCCAGGCUACAAUGUAAAAUCACAGAAUCACAGAAUGAUCAAGGUUGAAAAAGAGCUCCAAGUCUAACCCUUGACCUAACACCACCACCUUUUCAACAAAGCCAUGCAACUCAGUGACACAUCCAGUAAUUUCUUGAACACUUCCAGGGAUGGUGAGCCACUGCUCAUACAGCUUACAAAUGGAUGAGUUAAAACUAAUUUAGCCACUGUUUGGGCAGCCUGAAGGUACUGGUCAGGUGUUACUGUAAUACCACCUUCACAUCACCUAGAACUUCACCAGACAUGCCAUUACAACAGCAUGUAAAUCCCCUCAUCAAAAUUAAUCAGGAACACUGACACACACCUUGCAUCACAAAUACGUGGGACAUGGAAGGAUGAUGCUUCAGAAGGUUACUCAAGGUGGGAGGUGGUACCCAAGUAGAGUACAUUUGAUGAAUAGACAAUUUCAGAUCAUGCUGAACUGGGACUACCCAUGUACUGGAUGUGCUUCUUUUAGCCUACAUAGAAUAAGUAAAUUAAGUCCUUUACUUAGUGGAAGAUUUGUAACAUGCAUGUCCUGUUCCCAAGGUACUGAAAAAGCUGACAAGGACUGAGCCAAUGCCAGUAUGUAGUUCUAGAGACAAAAUUCUGCAGCUGAGCCCUGCCUCACACAUGCUCUGACUAAACUGUUAAAAAACUUGGGUUUUUUCACCCAAUGAUUUGAAAGGGAAAAUAAUAUGCCUUUCUAGUGAGAAUCACUGGGUAAAAGUGGGCAAGUCUGAGUGUCGACGGAAAAGCAAAGACAUUAAAAUUUGAAGUCUGUAAAUUAGUUUCCUGUUGGUGGAUCUGAGCACAUACACUAGCAAGAAAAAAAAAAACCAAACAAAAAAAAACCCCCACAAAACAAACAAAGAAACAAACAAACCACACAAAACAAAGCAAACCCAUCCUACAAUUUUGGUUCAAUGGUAGCAGGGUUAAGAAUAGUUCUUCCUUUAACAGACUUACUACUAAGGAUCCUCCAUCACUCCUUAGAAGCCUAGGGAAUUCUUCACCUUCCUGCUAUUGUGCCUGUGUUGGUAGAGGAAGGUAGGGGUUAAAUGAACUCCUGUUUGCUAAAAGCAUCCAAGAACAGUAGGAAAUAAUAAAAAAAAAACAACAUUACAUGCAGAUUACAUAACUGCAUGUCAGAUGUCAUGUAGAACAUAUGGGAAAGUGACUAACAGAGCCACAUCUGAACUUGCUGGAAGUUAAAGAAAACAAAACGGAUUAUGCUUUUCACAGUGACAUGACUGCAAAGAUUUUUGCAAAUUCAACAUUAUAUUAUUCAGUAAACACUUUGGACAUUUUCUUUUAAUUUCUGCAGUCAAACAUUUUUUCACCUAACAUGAUAUUGUAGCCUAAGAUGAACCGAACAAAAACAACCCAUAGUCAGCAGUAAGAAAGUUCAGAAAUUUGGAUCUGGUAUUUUCCUUGACAUUUCUUUUCCUGCAAAUAUGCAAACCAGAACUUUCUUGGCUGUUUGUAUAUACCUGCUAAGGACUGAUCUUCCUCAAAGGAGAACCUGGGCUUGUGCAGGUGCCAUAACCAACAUGGGCAUGGUUUAAACAUAGACAUGGUUUCAACAUGGACUAAUCACACAACACUGCUGUAAUUUCCAGAACAUAUUAUUUAUGAAAAUCUAUUUAUUUAUAGAAGCAGUAUUUCUAUAAGCAUGUUGACAUACUGUGACCCUAGUGAGAAUUUAUGUGUUUUUGAGUAAUGUGUUUGCGUAUUGUGAUUAUUAAUGCUUAGUUCAUCUGACAUAUCAGGAAGGAAGGAAGAGUUAGUUGCGUGAUCUCUUCAUGUGAAGUUAGCAUCUGCCAAUCAGGAAAUUUAAGGAAGCUCAAAAGCAGUAAGAGAAAUGAUAAGGGAAGCUUUCUAACUUGCAGCAUUUGUUACUUAAUAUUGUCAUGCAGUAAAACAAAGCUAACUGACAGAGCAAAACUUUUACAGAAUCCUGCAUUUGACUACAACUACACGUUAAAUCGUCCUUGUUGCUGGGAACCAAAAUUGAACAGAUAAAUGAGGAGAGUUUUUCAAAGAGGAGAGAAGGAAAUAUGUUUGAUACUCUUGGACUCAUUUGUAUGAUUUUGUGGUACAUGAUGCUAUUUCAUCCCUUGCAUGCUGACAUCCAGUGUAUGGAGUUAGAUGCAAAGGAAUCACCUAUUACAAAUGUGAAUGUGGACUGGAGAAAAAUGGAACUAUCCUGGGAGAGCAGCAGGAAUUUCACUGGGUACAAAUGUAUCAUCAUGGACAGAGACAUGGAAUAUAUAGAGACAGAGGUGGAUAGUCCACUAUGCAGCUUUCCAGCAGAACUAAACAUGCCUCUGCACAAAGGGGUAACCUUUACCAUUGAAGUGCCAAACAAAAACAUCUCAAAACAAUGCAACUUUCUCCCUGGAGGCAUGAAUGGGUCAGCCAUUGAAAACUUCUCCUGUAUGAUUUAUAACAUCUUCUUCAUGAACUGCACUUGGCAGGCAGGAAGGGAUGCUCCAGCAGACACACAGUAUUUUCUCUACUGGCAGAAGUCAAGAGAUGAAGAGGAGAGGGAAUGUGAGCUUUACAUUAAAGAUGAAAAUUACAGAAAUAUGGGAUGUAUCUUCCAAAAUGUGAGCAUAGGGAUUGAAAAAGCUUACUUCCUGGUGAAUGGGUCUAGCAAAGAUUCUCUGAUCCAGUUUUAUGAUGAGUACAUUGACCUGUAUAAAAUUGAAAUACUCACUGCUCCAUUAAAUGUCACUGUCCAUUGUACCAGAAAUCCAAUGGGUUGCAUAAUUACAUGGCAUCCACCCCCUACAAGUCAUGUGGAAAACAGAAAGUGUUUUCAGUAUGAAAUUAGCAUACAAAAUAAGGAUGAGCCCAAAGAAGAGAAAAAGCUUCCUCGUGUAAGGAAUGACAGCUAUGAAUUCCAAAAUUACAAUGAGAAAAAAAGAUACACUCUGAAAAUCAGAGCACGUGGAAAAAACUGUCUUGUAAGCUCAAACUGGGGGGAAUGGAGCGAACCCAUUGAGUUUGGUCAAGGGAAAGAUUACUUUGUUUUUGUGAUGUUAUUUCUGAUUGCACUUGGAACAAUCUCAGUUACACUUCUCCUGUAUUGUCUUUUCAAAAGGUACUGCAGUUUCAAGAAUAUAUUUCCUCCCAUACCACAACCAAGAGACAAAUUCAAUGCAUUAACUGAUGAAGAUAUCCAGACAGAAUAUGUAAAUCUACCAACAAAAUGUCAUACUGAAGAAAUAACUACAGCUGAAGAAUGAUCCAACUUUCCAAAAACAGACCUGAUUCCUCUACACAAAAGAAAAUUAUGGAUCCUGCUGACAAGUACCUCAAACCAGCCUAUAAAAGAAUAUAAUCACCUAUAAAAAUGUUUGUCCCCUUAAAAUCCACUUAAAUGGAACUGAUGAAAAAAAGGGGAGAAAAAUCAGUGAAAUUUGUUUUUUCCUUUGUUCAAACCCACAAUUCCUGGCAACUAAGCUUUUCUGCAGGGACCUAAUUUUUAAGAAGUGCUUAAACCUUGCUAACAGGUUAUUCACAAAGUGAGACAAGCCCUCUUAAACCAGAAUAAAGCUGUUACUUCUUGUGGUCAUUGCUAUGCAGCUUCUUUCCUCUCAUUAUGACUUCCUAUAGCAUGGAAGACUUGCUGUAUAAUGCCACAGUAACUUUACUGUAAUUUUCUAAAGCACAAACCAGCUAUUUAGAAUGUGUUUAAAUUUGCUCUUUGAUCUUCCAGCCAGUAACACCAAACUACUCCAAUACAUGCAAUUAACUUUAUGCAAGAACAGAAAAUAAAAUUAUACUUGCCAAUUAAAACUAUUAAUACUGACCUGUAGGCUAUUUCAUGAGCUCAGUACUGCAACUGUAAAUAAACCUCUGCAACACUGUGAUCCUGUGCAGUUUUUAAUUAACACAAAUAGCACUAAAAACGUUCAAAAAAUCAGUCGUGAGAAAUUAAAUAAAAUCUAGUAUUUGCUAGCUACAUCUUAUAUGCAAAAAUUCCUCACAAAUGUGUUUUAGUUUCUUCCUUCAAAGGGUGGAAAUGAUAUUUCCAAUGCCUUUUAAAAAUAACACAGGCUUUAGAUGCCAGUAUUUUCUUUUACAGAUGUUGGAUGUUUUCCUGUUCAUAUUUCUCAGAAUGAAUAAAUGUCAGUGUUUCAAUAAGACAGAGAACAAACAGUGUUUUUUUUAAAAGUCGCAUUUAUUGUUUGCCUCUUAUAUCCCUAAACUGCAUCACACACUGGAAAUUGCUGCUGCAUGACUAAGGGAAGCCAAAUAUUAAAAAAAAAAACAAACAACCUGAACACCAUAAAUUAGUUCAUAUUGAAUGUACAGGAUAGGGAAAUUGCAGUUCCACUUAAAACUCUUUGUCCUGGUUUAGGGCAAAUUUGAGAGGAUUUGUUUAUUUACCUAUUUCUUUUGGUUAAACCUUGUUCUGAAGGGGAGAUUGGGUGUAGAAGUCCUGUCCCUUUCAGGGGCUGCUGAA